UACCAACUGAGCUAUUACUUACAGCAAGAAUAGGGAAAUACAAAUAGGAUUUUUUUUUUUACUACUCUGUAUUAGACCACCACAGUAGUAAUGUCUUAUAUGCUUCCACAUUUAACCAAUGGCUGGCAAGUAGAUCAGGCCAUUCUGAAUGAGCAAGAACGAGUUGUUGUCAUUCGUUUUGGCCAUGAUUGGGACCCCGCUUGCAUGACGAUGGACGAAACUCUUUACAGCAUCGCAGACAAAGUGAAAAACUUUGCGGUCACAUACCUCGUUGAUAUUACAGAGGUUCCUGAUUUUAACAAGAUGUACGAACUUUAUGACCCCUGCACGACCAUGUUUUUUUAUCGGAACAAACACAUUAUGAUUGAUUUAGGAACUGGUAACAACAACAAAAUCAAUUGGCCAAUGGAGGAUAAACAAGAAAUGAUUGAUAUUCUAGAAACAAUUUAUCGCGGCGCAAGGAAGGGAAGAGGUCUGGUAGUUUCGCCAAAAGAUUAUUCCACAAAAUAUAGAUAUUAGUUUAAAAAUGUUGCUUAGUUAAUGACAAUGUAUAGUGUUUAAUAAUGCUGCAUAUUUGUGUAUUUUGUUCUUAUCCACUUCUGAAACACUGCUGUGGUUAAAUAUGUGUUGUUUUACUUUGUUAUUGCAAUUUUUGGCAGUAAUGUAUUGGUGAUUAAUGCUAAAGCAUUUGUUAAUUUAAAGAAAAAUUUUGGUUAAAUGACAUUACAUUGCAAAAUAAUACAGAAUACAAAACUAGCAUUGGUCUUAUAUUCUACACUGAACCAUAUUUCAUCUUAAUGGAUUGUCUUAGUAUAUGUUUUUUUUUAAGUUUACAGA